AUGCUCCGGUCGGGAGAUGCGGUCAUCGCCAGAGCACCCCGGGCUCGAGGUCCCUUUCCAGAACCGAACAUGUCUUUUGAGAUCGAUGAAAAGAGCGUCGCGCAAGCCGACGUCUGGUCAGAAGCGCUCGCUCCAGACCCGCAAUACGAGAAGGACUUCCGCGUCGUCGACAACAAGUUCGCCUUUUCGCCGGGCCAGCUGAACAAGCUAUUCAACCCCAAGUCGCUAGCCGCAUUCUAUGCCCUCGGUGGAUUGACCGGUUUAGAAGUCGGCUUGCAGACAGACCUGCAGCGCGGACUCUCAACAAGCGAGACUCUUCUGCGCAAGACCGUCUCCAUCGACGAGGCGCGGCGCGCUGGAUUGGAAGUUAGGGCUAACAGACCCAAACACGCCGCGCCCUCAUCGCAAUCCCAGGCCCCCCCUCAACAAUUUCCAGGGACAGGGCCACAUGCGCAGACCUUCGCAGACCGAACCCGCAUCUUCGGCACAAACGCGCUCCCCCCGGCCCCAACAAAGCCCUUCACCCGCCUCCUCUGGGACGCCUACAACGACAAGAUCAUCAUCCUGCUGACCGUCGCCGCCGUGGUCUCGCUCGCACUGGGGAUCUACGAGGCCGCAUCGGGCCAGUCGCAGGUCGACUGGAUCGAGGGCGUGGCGGUGUGCGUGGCGAUCGUGAUCGUUGUCUCUGUGACGGCUGGAAACGAUUGGCAGAAGCAGAGGGCGUUUGGGAAGUUGAAUAAGCGUAAACUCGACCGCUCGGUCCGCGCCGUCCGCGAUGGACAGACGAGCCUCGUGCACAUCGCGCAGCUUACGGUCGGCGACGUCGUGCAUCUUGAGCCAGGCGACUCGGUUCCGGCUGAUGGCGUGCUUGUUACGAGCCAUGAUAUCAAGUGUGAUGAGUCGACGGCGACGGGGGAGUCGGACCAGGUUGAGAAGGUGGGUGGGUAUGAAGCGUGCGACCGGUUACAGCGAGACGGGCCAGCAGAAGUAGAGGUGGACCCGUUUGUUAUAUCCGGGAGUAAAGUCCUCGAAGGACUAGGGACGUACCUUGUUACUAGUGUCGGCCCGCAUUCGACGUACGGACGGAUCAUGGUGAGUCUAGGGACUGAGACGGAUCCGACGCCGUUGCAGGUGAAGCUUGCGCGGUUGGCGAGCUGGAUUGGGUGGUUUGGGCUGGGAUCAGCGUUGCUCCUCUUCUUCGUCCUCUUCUUCCGCUUCAUCGCGCAGCUGUCUGGUAUCUAUGAGAACGACACACCAGCCGUCAAGGGCCAACACUUUAUGGAUAUCCUGAUUGUGGCGGUGACUGUUAUCGUGGUUGCAAUCCCGGUUGCUGAGUCUGGUGUAGAGGGCCUCCCACUAGCCGUAACGCUCGCCCUCUCAUUCGCAACAGCACGCAUGCUCAAGGAGAACAACCUUGUGCGCCUCCUGCGCGCCUGCGAGACCAUGGGCAACGCGACGGUCAUCUGCUCCGAUAAGACGGGAACCCUGACGCAGAACAAGAUGUCUGUCGUUGUGGGGUUCUUCGGGGCCAGCGAGGGCUUUGGGAGACUCCCGUCUGAUGAACGUGGUCCUGAGGAGUCUGUGCCGUCGACGACCAUCUCUGAUACGCUGGAGGUGUUUCCACGGGCAUUUAAGGAGGUACUCGUGCACAGCCUGGCCCUGAACACGACGGCAUUCGAAGAGAAGGAUGAUGGGCAAGGAAAAGGGAAAGUCUUCGUCGGCAAUAAGACCGAGAUCGCGCUGCUAGAACUGCUUGCCGGUCAGCGGCUGCUUGACAUGGACCUCUCACGGAUCCAGACUUCCAAUCCCAUCGAACAUGUCUAUCCCUUCGACUCGUCACGCAAAGCCAUGGCCGUGGUGUACCGCGUCCCCGGGACAACAACGUACCGGCUCCUUGUCAAGGGUGCCCCGGAGCUCUUGCUAGGUGCCGCCACUCAAAUCGUGCAACAGGGCCAAGGCUCGAAUGCGGCGGGCGUAGUGACAGCCCCAAUAUCCGACCAUGACCGCGAGCGUAUUUCACGUACCAUAGAUUCCUACGCUCGGGCCUCGCUCCGAACAAUAGGCAUCGCGUAUCGGGACUUCCCCGCGUGGCCUCCCGGGCCCAACAUCACCUCGAAGACACUGCCUAGCUUCGGCGAGAUCAUCACGGACAUAACCUGGCUCGGGGCCUUUGGGAUCCACGACCCGUUGAGGCCCGAGGUGGCGGAGGCGAUUCGGACGUGCCAUGGAGCUGGGGUGCAGGUGAAGAUGGUUACAGGUAACACUAGAUUCGCAGGCGACAACAUCCACACAGCUCUCUCAAUCGCCGAAUCAUGCGGGAUUAAAACGGCAGACGGACUCGCGAUGGAAGGACCCGAGUUACGAAAGCUGAGCGAUGAGCAGCUCGACUCGGUUAUCCCGAGAUUACAGGUCCUCGCGCGGUCCUCGCCAUCCGACAAGGAGAUGCUCGUGCGGCAUCUCAAGCGUCUGGGCGAGAUCGUUGCCGUUACGGGCGACGGCACGAACGAUGGACCUGCGCUCAAGGCCGCGGAUGUUGGGUUCUCCAUGGGACUGAGUGGGACGGAGGUCGCGAGGGAAGCCAGCUCGAUUAUUUUGCUAGAUGAUAACUUCCGCUCUAUUGUUACGGCUAUGGCGUGGGGGAGGGCGGUUAAUGAUGCGGUGGCUAAGUUCUUGCAGUUCCAAAUCACCGUCAACAUCACCGCCGUAGUCCUCACCGUCGUCACAGCCAUCUCCAACAGCCACAACGAGAGCGUCUUUCGCGCUGUGCAGCUGCUGUGGCUGAACUUGAUCAUGGAUACGUUCGCUGCUCUAGCCUUGGCAACCGACCCUCCAACCCCCUCAAUCCUAACCCGCCCUCCAACCCCGCGCCACGCCCCCCUCUUCACACCCACAAUGUGGAAGAUGAUCCUCGGCCAAUCAAUCUACAAGCUCGCCCUGUGCUUCGCCCUCUACUACGCCGGACACAGCAUGCUCGGUCUCUCCCCAUCAAAUCCAGACGAAACGCUGCAACUGCACACAAUCAUCUUCAACACGUUCGUGUGGAUGCAGAUCUUCAACGAGCUGAACUGCCGCCGUCUCGACAACAAGUUCAAUAUCUUUGCAGGCCUGCAUCGGAACCCGUGGUUCUUUGUCAUCAAUGUGCUUAUGGUCGGCGGGCAGAUCCUGAUUAUCUUUGUGGGCGGCGCGGCGUUUGGGGUUACGCGGUUGAGUGGCAAGCAGUGGGGGGUUUGCUUGGGCUUUGCGGUUGUUUGUGUGCCUUGGGCGGCGGUGCUGAAGUUCGUUCCUGAUCGGUAUGUUGGGGUUUUGGUUGAUGGGGUUGGGAGGGUGUUUGGGGUUAUAUGGAGGCCGUUGGGGAGGGGGAUUGGCAGGAUGGUGCGAGGCAUGAGGGCGUGUGUACAUGGGCGUCCAUCUACAUCUCGACUGUCGACGGGAAAUGGCAAGGAGAGGGUGAGUGAUGAGGAGGCACUUAGUGAUCGGCCCAUGGGAGAGGUGGGCAAGGCUUCGGCAGAUGUUGACAGUCAACGGGUGCUGUGA